UUUGCCCCGCCCACUUAGUAGACACGUGUGUUUUAAGUUUGCAGCAUGGCUUCAUUGGCUAAGAAAAGGGCAGUAGGUUUUGGUGAAAAACCCGAGGAAAGUGACAACAGCUCCGAUGAGAAUCCAGAGGAGGAAGACGAUUCCGGAGAAGAGGACAGUGAGGCGUCAGAUGAGGAAAUUAAUGAGGAGGUCGUUGUAGACUUUGAAGCUCACACCAUCUCAGACAAUGACUUCAACGGCAUAAAGAAGCUGCUGCAGCAGCUUUUCUUAAAAGCUCAUGUGGAUACAUCAGAGAUGACAGACAUCAUCAUCCAACAAAAUCAUGUUGGAAGUGUCAUCAAGCAAGCUGAGGUGCCCGAAGACAGCGACGAUGAGGACGACCCAGAUGAAGUGUUUGGCUUCAUCACCAUGCUCAACCUCACAGAGAGAAAGGGUGUACAAUGUGUGGAGGAGGUGAAGGAGCUGAUUGUGGAUCAGUGUGAAAAGAAUGCUUCUCAUAUUGUGACAGAACAGCUGGAGAAGAUCUUUAAUGAUAACAGCAAGCCUGUGGGGCUGCUGCUAAGUGAGCGCUUCAUCAAUGUGCCUCCACAGAUUGCCCUUCCACUGCACAAACAGCUCCAGGAAGAGAUCGCUGAAGCUCAGAGGACAAAUAAGCCCAGUGGGAGGUGCCACUACUGCCUGAUUAUCAGCAAGACCUGUAGAGAAGAGACCAAGAGCAUCCCAGCCACAGGUGGAGCUCCCAAAGAGGAAUACAUGUUUGUCAAUGCAGAGGAGGAAUUCUUUUAUGAGCAAGCCAUCUUGAAGUUCCACUACACAGUCCAAGAAGAGGCAGACUCCUGUUUAAGUGGGAGGUGGUCAUUUACGGACGUGCCCAUGAAGCCUUUCAGGACUGUGAUGCUGAUACCCACAGACAGAAUGCCUGCCAUCAUGGUGAAACUCAAAGAAUAUCUAUCAGUGUGACC